UACAAAAGUACUCUAUUCUAUUACUAUCCUUUCAACCCACCCCCCCCUCCCCGUUAAGACCGCCCUCCUGGCCUCGUUAUCGUUCGGCAAAAGCAGCCUUGCCCGGCCGCGACCUUUCGACUUCCAGAAUUUUCUCUCCGAACAGUCUCGAAUCAUUCGCAACAUGAGUUCCGACGGCGAGAAGGUCAGAACCUCCGGCGAGGUCUCCCGCGCCGAGCCUACCCUGCCAACCGUCAACCCCGCGGUUGAGAAGAGAGAGCCUCCCAAGGCCGCGUUUCAUCCCGCCCUCUAUGUGACGGUCUGGAUCACGCUGAGUUCCAGCGUUAUUCUCUUCAACAAGCACAUCCUCGACUACGCUGAAUUCCGUUUCCCUAUCAUUCUAACAACAUGGCACUUGGCCUUUGCGACCUUCAUGACCCAGAUUCUGGCGCGGACGACUACCCUGCUCGAUGGCCGCAAGACGGUCAAGAUGACCGGACGUGUCUAUCUGCGUGCGAUCGUUCCCAUCGGUCUUUUCUUCUCUCUGAGUUUGAUCUGCGGAAAUGUCACCUAUCUGUAUCUGAGUGUCGCCUUUAUCCAGAUGCUAAAGGCCACUACUCCUGUUGCUGUCCUGUUCGCCACCUGGGGCAUGGGCAUGGCGCCGGUCAACCUGAAGGUGCUGAUGAACGUGUCCAUCAUUGUGGUUGGUGUCAUCAUCGCCUCGUUCGGUGAGAUCAGGUUCGUCUUGAUCGGCUUCCUGUUCCAGCUCGGCGGUAUCGUCUUCGAGGCUACCCGCCUGGUCAUGGUCCAGCGCCUGCUCAGCUCCGCCGAGUUCAAGAUGGACCCGCUCGUCUCGCUCUACUACUUCGCGCCCGUCUGCGCCGUCAUGAACGGUGUCACCGCCCUCUUCAUCGAGGUGCCCAACGUCACCAUGGACCACGUCUACCGCGUUGGUGUCUGGACCCUACUUCUUAACGCCGUCGUCGCCUUCCUGCUCAACGUCUCCGUCGUCUUCCUGAUCGGCAAGACUUCCUCCCUGGUCAUGACCCUUUGCGGUGUUCUCAAGGAUAUCCUCCUCGUCGUCGCCUCCAUGAUGAUCUGGAACACCCCCGUCACCGGCCUCCAGUUCUUCGGCUACUCCAUCGCUCUUAUCGGCCUCGUCUACUACAAGCUCGGCGGUGACAAGAUCAAGGAGUACGCCGGACACGCCAACCGCGCCUGGGCCGAGUACGGCGCCCAGCGCCCCACGCAGCGCAAGGCCAUCAUCCUCGGCGCCGGUCUCCUCAUCUUCUUCCUCCUCAUCGGCUCGAUGGCCCCUAGCUACGCUCCCGAUUCCGUCGCCCAGGUCAAGGGCAUGCUGGGUGGUGCCACUGCCGGCACUGCCUAAGCCUGAAGCUUUUUUUUCCCUCUCUCUCUCUCUCUCCCGCCGUCGAACGAUUCAAUUAUGCUUAUUAUAGAAGGAGCGAAGUGCUUCCCUCCCCCGCUCACUGAUAGAGUUCUUGAUUCUU